AAUUCAAAAAUAACUGGGAGCAAGAGUUUUCUCAAUCUCUUUGACACACUGUUACUAUAUAGACUUCACAUAAACCUUUAACAUUCGGCCCCCCUUCCCACCUUGCUCUUCAGUUGUGAGUAUGGCUGCACACAACAGAAAGCACGGUGACUUCAGCAGGAUGGGUCAUUUCUCUCUGCUGUAAACCAAGUCUGGAGAUGAGCAGUCCAGGGCAGGUGGUGGUUCCCUGAAGUCACCAGCUGACUGGGCUCCUGGCAGAUCAGCCACUCUGCCAUUCCCAGGGUAGCUUUUGUCUUCCUUUCCCAGAUGACUGCCAUAGCACCAGGCAUCACAUCCAUGCUCCUGGCCUCAGGAUCUGCAGAGGGGAGGAGGGAGUGUCCUUCCUUUCAAGGGCACCUUCGGGAAGUACCCUGCAGCACUCCUGUGGCUCACUGACUGGCACCUGUAUCAUGCAACACCUGCCCAAGAAUGUGCCCAGCUGAAAACUGGGGAUCGUUACUAAAGAAAAGAAAGGAUUUGGAGUAACAACUAGCAGUUUCUCAUGCUCCCCAAUAGAAAAUACCUCGCCCACUGGCCAGAGUACUUCAUUGUGGCAGAGGCACCUGGUGGAGAGCUAAUGGGUUACAUUAUGGGGAAAGCAGAAGGUUCGGUGGCGAGGGAGGAGUGGCACGGGCACGUCACGGCUCUGUCUGUCGCCCCGGAAUUCCGACGCCUUGGUUUGGCUGCUAAACUUAUGGAGCUGUUAGAGGAGAUUUCAGAAAGAAAGGGUGGCUUUUUUGUUGACCUCUUUGUAAGAGUAUCUAACCAGGUUGCAGUCAACAUGUACAAGCAGUUGGGCUACAGUGUCUACAGGACGGUCAUAGAGUACUAUUCAGCCAGCAACGGGGAGCCUGACGAGGAUGCUUAUGAUAUGAGGAAAGCACUCUCCAGGGACACAGAGAAGAAAUCCAUCAUACCAUUACCUCAUCCUGUGAGGCCCGAAGACAUUGAAUAACCAUGGGCAGUGGUUCUUAGGCAGAUGCUCCAGAGAGUUUAUGGACAAUAUUAUUUUCAUUGGAUGAUCUUGGAGCUCUAUUAGGAGAAAAAUAAUCGUUUAGGUCUUGAAGACGUCAAGAAAAUACAGGUUAUAAAUUUAUGCAAUAUCAUACCUACAAAAGCUAUUUAAAGGAGCCGUGGUGGUACAAUGGUUAAGGGUUCAGCUACUAACCGAAAGGUCGGUGGUUCAAACCCAACAGCAGCUCCAUGGGAGAAAAGACCUGGUGACCUGCUCCUGAAAGAUUACAGCCUAGGAUGCCCUACAGGGCAGUUCUACUCUGACCUAGUGGGUCGCCAGGGAGUCAGAGUCAACUUGAUGGCUUACAACAACAACAAAGCUGUUCACUGUAAUAAAAUUCAGUCAGAAAGGCAGCUAGGUCAGGAGACAUUCCACUGUCACGGUUCGUAAUCAUCACUAAAUGCUAGGGAAAAACUCGCUCCGAUUUCCUCCUAAUCUCCAUGCCUGAGAACCACUGCUUCCUAUGUAUUUUUUAUUUUGUAUUCAACUGUUUGUUAAUUGAAGCUUUAAAAGCAUAUAUGAAAUGUAUAAAUCUAAGAUGUAUAAUAAAAUACACUGUUGAUCCUACAAAUGUUUUAUGGAAGUUUGUU